GGUGAGGUAGUCAAGGGGCGGUUGCCAAUAACUAGUGGGACACAAGUCUAAUGUAAACACACUGCAGGUCUCACGCGCCGCAUAACUUGGCGAUCGACAUUUGUUGACCCGAGCAGCAUCGUCAUCCGCGACAGGAAUAAUUAUUGCGUGUCAUCCAACCCAACAACCACUGCCAUUCUGCAGCAUUCGACCACUUCUGCCGACUUCGGGUUGCGACAAAGCAUCGUUGCGCUGUCCCCUUCCCCGACUCCGCUUGUGGAGCUGCUAUCCGCUCAGCUGCGUCAUAAGGGUCUGCCCCGCUAACCCGUUGCUUGGAUCGUUGGCCUCAGCUCAGGGAUCUCUUUUUGAAGAGCCCGGGUUCCCGAUCCUUCGCCAUGAGCUCCUUUCUUACCACUGUCAAUAACCGGACGAGGAAUCAGGUCCGACCUCGAGCCCCGGGCAAAGGUGGCGCUACAAGCUACCAGCUGCGCCAGUAUGCGGAGGCAACGCUAGGUGGAGGGAGCCUGCGCAAGGUGGUGAAGCUUCCCGAGGGAGAAGACGAGAACGAAUGGUUGGCCGUCAACAUGGUGGAUUUCUACAACCAGAUCAACCUUCUCUAUGGCGCCAUCACCGAGUUCUGCUCCCCCCAGACGUGCCCGGAGAUGAAGGCGACGGACGAGUUCGAAUACUUGUGGCAGGAUUCCGAGAACUACAAACGGCCGACCAAGAUGCCCGCGCCGGCAUACAUCGAGCAGCUGAUGUCCUGGGUCCAGAGCAACAUCGACAACGAAGCAGUCCUGCCGAGCCGCAUUGGCGUGCCAUUCCCCAAGUCGUUCCCGUCUCUGAUGCGCCAGAUCUUCAAGCGCAUGUACCGCGUCUACGCUCACAUUUACUGCCACCACUAUCCCGUUAUCCGUGAGCUUGGCCUUGAGCCGCAUCUCAACACCAGUUUCAAGCAGUAUGUGCUCUUCAUUGAUGAGCAUAACCUCGCCAGCGGAAAGGAUUACUGGGGCCCACUCGGCGACUUGGUGGACAGCAUGCUGCGGAGCGACUGAUUACUGCCGCCGUUUUCGGUUGAUUCUUCUUUUUUUUUCUUCGAUAUGUCGGAUCGUCGGACUUCUUUUCAUGGCGGCGUUGGGUUUGGCUCGGCCGAGAGGGGACUUUUUUACUA